GAGGAAUUUGGGUAUAACUUGGAUGGUACUAGUAGAAAACGAGCCGGUCCGGGUCUGAUACUUGUCACCAGUCACGUGGCAGUUGUCACAGCGUCGGAUCUCGAGGAGCUCAGCUUGAACUAAUGGCCGACACUGUAUCUGAGAUGGAAUGGUAUCGCGGCUACGUCCCGCUAUUUCCAUACGAAUUCGACCCUUCUGAUCCCAAAAACAAUUCCAAGUUCCGCGAGCUUCCCCAGUUCGCUCUCCAAGGUGGUGAUUUCCAGUUUGUUUUGAAAAAUGCGAUACAAUGCGAGCCGGAACUCGGACUGUCUCAGAUUUGGGUUGCAGAAGUGAGAAAGAAGGGUGGUCCUGAGCCUGAGUCUUCUUCUUGGGGACAGGUAGUUCUCAAGCUGUUCCAAGCUUCUCUCCUUCGGUUUCCUCAGCCUACCUGGCAAGACCCUUUCAGCGAGUACUCGUGUCCCAGACAAUUAGCCUGCGUCGAAGAGCUCGUGUAUAACUCGCUUCAAGACAUCCAAGGAUGGACAAUACCCUAUUUUUAUGGGAAACACAGGUUGACGUUGCCUAAUGGAGAGUCUACGAGGGUUAAUGUGCUCGAAUACAUCGAUGGCAUGACCCUUGCUCAGCUGCAUGACAUGUAUCCCACCCAUAUGACUACGCCAUUGAAGCCGAAAUUACACCAUGAGUUGUUGGAGAAACUGAAAGAGCUCUACGUCCCAGCAAUGCAAGGUAUAUCCGAAAUCAACGCACGUCAUAUCGUUCUGUGUGAUCUCGAACCGGAGAAUAUCAUGAUCGCCCCCGAGCCUUCGUUGAACCAGGUUGUCUUCAUUGACUUUGGGCAUGCGUUUAUCAACACGCCCAAGGAAGUUGUCGAUUCGUACAGGAAUUCCCUCAAGCUGGCAACUUGCAUCAUUGGAUGUUGUCGUCGGCAUAGGGCUGACGUUACAAAGGGGGCAAAGAGGUGUUUAUCUGCUGACCUGCAGGUCCCUACUUCUAGUCCUUUGUAGCUAGAGUCAAUAUGAUUAUACAAAGGCUCUAGCAUUUAGGAAGAGGAUUAUGGUGGUGGUGAGUCAGAGCCGGCAAUUUCUCCACAUAGUCGUCACCUCAUAUGGUAGCUGGUAGCCGGCUUCUUAUUGUAACUCAUGCAUCUCUGACGCUCCCUCGACAGUUUCGCUGCCUACUACCAAGCCUUCUAUGAGCUGGACGACCUGAGUUGGCACUGAGUACCUUGGGAGUAGCACGUUGGCAUCACGAACAAUUGUCUGUUAACAACGAGGAGUGAGUGCAGGUGUCGGCGGGACUAUUAUGCAUUCAUGCACUGCUGUCGGAAUGAACAUUGUGCUCUCCGAAGUAGUAUAUGCUACCAUCCUUUCAGGGAAAGUGACCAAAGGAAUAAAGAUGCAUUGCGGGAAGGGUGAAUACCAUGAAAUCAUUGCCAAUGCAUUAGGCAGGUUCAAAAAGAAAACACUACAACGGAGCUCCGGACCGACGUUUC